GGCAGUUCCAACAACACCUUCUAUUUCAAUCACCAAGGGUCAGCUUGGGCAUGCUGCUCCCAAGGUGAGUCAUGCUGCGGAUGAUGCCCUCACCACAGGCAGCUGUUGCACGCCAGCAGCAAGUGUCUCCGUCACCCUGGCCACUAGUGCAUGCAGUGGGGGCAAAGCAGUCUCCUCGGCCGUACUCCCCGACAGAUGAGGUUAGGAUGUCUGACUUUGAGAUCCUUGACGGGGUCGGCGGCCGCUCAUUGGGUAAAGGAUCCUUUGGCGUGGUGCGACGGGUCAGAAGGAAGGGGACUGAUGACGUCUAUGCGCUGAAGACCAUGCAGAAGAUGGAGGUGAUGAGUGGUCAGCUUAUAGAACAGGUGGAGCGGGAGAUCAUGGUGCAACAGAACUUAAAGCACGAGAAUGUACUCCGGCUGUUCAAGCAUUUUGAGGACGAAGACAACGUCUAUUUGCUCCUGGAGUAUUGUGCUAAGGGAGAGCUUUACCAGCUGCUGAGGACUCAGAAGGGACGCAAGUUCAACGAGCAGACCUCAAGGCAUUUCUUUGUGCAGUUGGUGCGGGGGCUGAAGUACCUCCAUUCGCAUCAAAUCGUGCACAGGGACUUGAAGCCAGAGAACUUGUUGAUCACUCACGAUGACGUUUUGAAGAUUGCAGACUUCGGAUGGUGCGCAGCCACCAACGUGCUUCGCACGACAUUUUGUGGAACCAUGGACUACCUCGCCCCUGAAAUGAUCCAGGGAAGUGGUCAUGACCAGACGCUGGAUAUUUGGAGUGUGGGCAUCCUCCUGUAUGAGAUGAUGGUUGGCCGACCGCCCUUCCAGAGUACCAAUCACACAAUGCUGAUUGACAGGAUAUUGAAGAUUGCAAUAUUCUUCCCGCCUGGCUUGCCGCCUUUGGUGGUGGAUCUGGUCCGACGUCUGCUGAAACGGGAGCCAUCGCAACGGCUUCCACUGGACCAAGUCCUGAGGCAUCCUUGGGUUCUCUCCAAAGCCGAGGUGCAAUCCGAGCCCUCACUCACCAAGUCGCAGCAGUUGCCUGCACCGUCAACUCCGCCCUCGAACAGUUCAAAGCACUUGCCAUUGCAACAGAGUGGCCGCGUAGGAUCUUGUGAGCAGGUGCUGCACGUGACCUCUCCGCGGAACAGGGCGUCUGGUGCCGGAGGUGAAGCGACUGGGGAGCGCUCCAGCACUUCCACGCCAGUCUCCUCUGCUGCUGCUCCAGUGCAGGCAGUUCGAAAGGUACCAUGGCCCAAUUCGCAGAACCAACCUCAAUCCAACGGAUACCAGAAGCGACACGUGGCAUCGCCCACGGGAACACCAGUCCUCACACGCCGAGGUGUCGCAGUGACGGUGACCAUGGCUGGCACUCCGCCAGGACGGGAAGCUGGUAAAACAAAUGGGCGAGCAAUACGCAGGCCUGAGAGCCCAGAGGCUACUCGCUCUGCGAGCAAAGGGAGAUCCCCAACGUCGACUUCUGUUCCACCUCCCGACACUAGGACUGGACGGACAGAAGUGAAAGCCCCUGUCUAUCAGCCUACAACAAUGGGUAGCCCUGUUCAGUUGCGCACUUUGACAGCUCACCCACCAGCGCGUUCAGUGCGUAUGCCUGGAUCACCACUCACUCCAGUCGCUCGCAGCUUGAGUCCCGUGAGCCAAAGCGUUCGAGUGGUCCAAGGCCAAGGAAUGGGCACUGUGCAGAGUAUAACGUCCGCCCUCCGCCCUCCUGCCAGCUACAAAGAACGUGGUGGUGGUGCUGGUGGUGGUGGUGGGUGGUGGGGUGAAACCAGAAAUCAAGUUUCAUACGUGCAGCCCUUGAGUCUGAGGUUCGGGCAUCUCCGACUAUGACAUCGCCCUACCGUGUCAUUUGAGAGGGCACAGUCGAAGGGUCCAACUCGACCUAUUCGAAGGAGGCGAGUGCUGACGAAGAACAACUGGACAGCAGCUCGCAGGGCGAGGCGGUUUCACGAAUUAAGAUGAAUCUGCGAAGAUUCGAUUUAUGCUUAAGACAUGUGAUUACGGUUUGGAGCCAUGUGAACUUCAAGCUGACACCGAAGACAGAAAAGAUCGAA